AUGUUUCACGCUCGGCCAAAUCACAUCCGUCCGUCUGAAGUCUCGGCCAAAGUUCAAAACCGUUCGGCCGAUCACGCAUCACGACCCGGGAAAAAGUCCCGCGGUCGGCCAAGCCACGCCACUCCACGCCGCGCACGACCAAAGCGCGCGAGCCGGGAAGCAAGCCUCGCGGCCGCGCAACCUUCUCGCGUACCACGGCCGAUGCGCCGUCCGAGCCGGGAAACUACGUCCCGCGUCCGGCCGAGAUUUCAUCGGCCAAUCUUCAUCCGUCCGACCACAGCGGCCGACCACGCAUCCGUCCGGCCACGACCGUUCCGAUCGACCGGCCACGACCCGAUUUCCGGCCGAUCGUCCCGACCGACCGUCCGAACGCCGCGGUCGACCCGAAGCCCGUUUUGA